UGUAUUUCUCUUGUAUGAGGGUUUGUAUGACUGCUCUCUCUUGAUAUCUCUCUGCACAAUUAUGUCACAUUUGACUUUCUCCUGUAUAUCUCUCUGUCACACUUUCUCCUAUACUCAGAAUGGUGCUACUCCACUCUAUGUGGCCUGUCAGAAUGGACACAAGCAGACAGUUGAUGUUCUGUUGAAGAAUGGAGCAAAUGUUAAUCUUACCACUACAGUUGAUCCUCUCUCAUCUCCUCUGGGGAUAGCUGCUGAAAAAGGUCACACAGAGAUUGUGGAGAAACUGAUAUCAGCUGGAGCUGUCAUCAACUACCAGAACAAGAAUGGAGCAACUGCACUCUUUGUUGCCAGU